GCAGUCCAUUUACAAAAUCCCCAUUCAAGUUUUGUGUGUCGAGAGGAGCGCGUCUGCUGAUCGCGCAGAAGAGACGGCAGUUUUUCUUGUGGAUUUACUCUCUUUAUCGGUAUUCAUUACGUCCAGCGUGUGCACGGCGUCGUCUGUGAGAGAAAAGAGACUCCAUAAAGCAGCUGUCGCUUUUAAGCGAAGACCCUGUUCUGGGAACUUUUGAAGACCCAGGUAACAUGGACGGAUUUUACGACCAGCAAGUACCAUUCAUGGUCCCAUCUAAUAAGUCUCGAGUGGAAGAACCAUGCAGCAGAGCAGUCAGUGAUAGGAAAAGAAAGUUUGUGGACUCCGAGCUCGCUCAGGACACAGAAGAACUCUUCCAGGACCUCAGCCAGCUGCAAGAAAUCUGGAUUGCAGAGGCCCAGGUGCCCGACGAUGAACAGUUUGUCCCAGAUUUCCAGUCAGAUAGCCUGAUGUUUCAUGGCCCUCCACCAGCCAAGAUUAAACGGGAACUGAGUCCUUCCAAAGACCUCUCCCCCUGUAGCCAGGACCGGAGUCCCAUGCCGUACGGAGAGAAGUGCCUUUAUAACUACAGUGCCUAUGAAAGGAAAUCUUCAGCUGGUUUCAAGCCAUUGACCCCUCCCUCAACGCCUGUCUCACCAUGCAGCUCCACCAACACACCGGGGACACACCCAAUGCACGAACAGACUCCUCCCCCAGUCCCUAACCCUACUUUAGGCCAGAGGCCUCUUCAUGGACAGCCUGCUGUGAGCAACUCCACCCACAAUCAGAGGUCACUCCCACUACACAGUCAGACACCACCUUUUGCAGUGCCGUGUCCACCUCUAAACCAUGACGCCCCCUUUAAUAAUGAGCAUAGGUUUCAGCGACAGCUUUCGGAACCUUGCUUGCCAUUCCCAUCUGAGACCCAGGGAAGACCAAACUUCAUUCCCCAGACUUCAACCAGAGAUGGACGGCCACCUUAUCAUCGGCAGAUGUCAGAGCCUCUGGUUCCUGUGCAUCCUCAGGGCUUUAAACAGGAGCUGUUGGACCCUCGCUACGCUGAGCAAGGAGUCCCCAAUAUGGGUCCGCCUCAGACUGCCUUCCACCCUAUGGCCAUCAAGCAAGAACCGCGAGACUUCUGCUUUGACUCUGAAGUGCCUAACUGUCAGUCUUCAUUUGGGAGGGCAGCUAGCUUUUACCAAAACCAUGAAAAUUUUUCAUUUGACAGAGAUCAGCACUUAUAUUAUGAUGACACAUGCGUGGUUCCUGAGCGACUUGAAGGGAAGGUAAAGCAAGAGCCAUCUGUGUAUCGCGAUGGCCCACCUUACCAGCGCCGUGGCUCACUCCAGCUCUGGCAGUUUCUGGUAACCCUCCUUGAUGACCCUGCCAAUGGUCAUUUCAUUGCUUGGACAGGGCGUGGAAUGGAAUUCAAACUAAUCGAACCUGAAGAGGUGGCUCGACGUUGGGGCAUUCAGAAAAACAGACCAGCCAUGAAUUAUGACAAGCUGAGUCGUUCCCUGCGCUACUACUAUGAGAAGGGAAUCAUGCAAAAGGUUGCAGGUGAAAGGUACGUUUACAAGUUUGUAUGCGACCCUGAGGCCCUCUUCUCCAUGGCCUUCCCAGACAACCAGAGGCCCAACCUUAAGGCUGAUCCUGACGCCUUGUCUGGGGUGGACGAUGACACGCUACCCCUGACUCACUAUGAUGAAGGAGCCCCUUAUUUGGUAGAUUCAGGGGAGCAAAGUGUAACUGGGAUGCCCUUCCCUGAUGGCUAUGUGUACUGACUCUCAUCCCCAAUACAGAACCUGAACUGCUGAGCAGACUGGAACAUGUCUGUCCCCACUGCCUCAACUUCUCCUGCCCUGCUGUCCAUUUACAGAUUAGCCCUCCCCUAAAAAAUAACAUUGAAAAAUUAAAAAUAACGAGUGAGGAGAAAUCUGCAAACCACCUGGUCUCUGGUUUCAACCCAUGAGAAGGUGUCGGGGAAGUGAGGGAUGCCUGGACUCCUGUGGCUCAACCUGCCUUGCGGUAGAUGGGUAUCUGUUGUCUCAGAAGAUGAGGAGUCAGGAGCCAAACAGUGAUGAAGGCCCGACUGGUCUUUCUGUGCAGUCUGAAAGAAUUGUAGCAAUUCUGGUUUGACAAUCUGGAUUUUUUUAAGUGACAAUGUUAAGAGGUGUCCUAAAAAGAUUAACACAGCACUAUUCAGUAGCUGCCCUUUUGGCCCUGAUGGUUUUGUGUUGCCUCUAAAUCAUCCAUAAGAAUUCAAAAGGGCUUUAUUUUGCAAAG